AUGACGACGACGACGACGACGGCGCAGGAAAAGUGUUUUGAUGAACCAUCGAACGGAGGAAGAUGUCAUGUGCGGGACCUGAAACAGGACCUGGAACAGGACCUGGAACAGGACCUGGAACAGGACCUGGAACAGGACCUGGAACAGGACCUGGAACAGGACCUGGAACAGGACCUGGAACAGGACCUGGAACAGGACCUGGAACAGGACCUGGAACAGGACCUGGAACAGGACCUGGAACAGGACCUGGAACAGGACCUGGAACAGGACCUGGAACAGGACCUGGAACAGGACCUGGAACAGGACCUGGAACAGGACCUGGAACAGGACCUGGAACAGGACCUGGAACAGGACCUGGAACAGGACCUGGAACAGGACCUGGAACAGGACCUGGAACAGGACCUGGAACAGGACCUGGAACAGGACCUGGAACAGGACCUGGAACAGGACCUGGAACAGGACCUGGAACAGGACCUGGAACAGGACCUGGAACAGGACCUGGAACAGGACCUGGAACAGGACCUGGAACAGGACCUGGAACAGGACCUGGAACAGGACCUGGAACAGGACCUGGAACAGGACCUGGAACAGGACCUGGAACAGGACCUGGAACAGGACCUGGAACAGGACCUGGAACAGGACCUGGAACAGGACCUGGAACAGGACCUGGAACAGGACCUGGAACAGGACCUGGAACAGGACCUGGAACAGGACCUGGAACAGGACCUGGAACAGGACCUGGAACAGGACCUGGAACAGGACCUGGAACAGGACCUGGAACAGGACCUGGAACAGGACCUGGAACAGGACCUGGAACAGGACCUGGAACAGGACCUGGAACAGGACCUGGAACAGGACCUGGAACAGGACCUGGAACAGGACCUGGAACAGGACCUGGAACAGGACCUGCAACAGGACCUGGAACAGGACCUGCAACAGGACCUGGAACAGGACCUGGAACAGGACCUGGAACAGGACCUGAAACAGGACCUGGAACAGGAACUCUUUAAGACAUUAGGAAUGUAUGUUCAGUUUAACCCCAAUCAACGGUACCUAUCCAUAAAAUGCAGCCAACCUUGGGGUGUAGCAAGUGGGUGA